AUGGACAACUUCUCGCGAGCAGACCGCAUCCGGGCAGUGUGCGCUCCCCUGUGCUGCUGCUUCCCGCGCCGCCUCGCCCUCUCGCCCUCGUCCGAGUCCCUCAACCCAGACUCGGCGCGCGAUUGGUACGCGCAAACGCGCCCGUCGGUCUCGCCCAGCGCCUCCUCCGGCUUGCCUCGCACUUGGCAGGAGUACGAGGCGCGCGACGCACGCCGCGAGGCCGACCUCUUGAGCCUGCACGAGGGCAUCGGCGGCGGCGACUUCUCGGCGGCCGCGUCAAGGCGGCGCACGGCGAGGGGCAGGGGUGGGGACAUCUCGGGCGGCGGAGCAGACGAGGGCUCGGGCCUGACGAGGUGGACGCUUUUUAAGAGCUGGUGGCGGGGCGGCGGCGGCGAGAUUCGGCUCGACGAUUCGGACGACGAGCGCGACGAGCCGGGCGCGCAGCACGGCGACGGCCAACGGCGAGAGGCGGCCGCUCGACUCGACCCUGACGACAUCGUCGACACGGCUGCGCUCGGCCUCGAGGACGUCGCUCUGCCGCCAGCCCCGCCCACCGGCGCCGCCCUCGCUCCUCCUUCCCCUGUUCCCGCCCUCGCACCUCCCGGCACCCUCGCCCCGUCUUCCGCGUCCGACAGCGCCAUCUCUGGCGGGGGCGACGACGACCGCCAGGCUCGCCGAGCGCGCCGCCAAGCGCGCCGCCGCGCACGCGAGCUCGGCAUCUCGGUCGACGAGUUCGAGGCGGGCGCCUCUGCCGAGCCGGCCGAGCUGCCGGCGUCGCCCUUCCUCGACGUCCACACGGGUGUUCGGCGAGGGAGCAAGAGCGACCGCUCGCUCGCGUCGUCGGCGUCGAGCGGUUCGCGCAGUCGCCGACACGAGACGGGCGACGCCGCCCUGUUCGCCAUCGGCGAGGAAGGAGACGGCGUCGACGAGGCAAUAUUCGGGCAGCAUGUGCGGCGGUCGCGCAGGGAGGGCACGAGUCGCACCUCGCACCGCAGCGCCGACAGCGGCAGCCAGGAGGGCAGCUCUCGGCGGCGGCGCCAUCGCGACGGGGCGACCUCGUCCACCUUCCACCCCUCGCUCGAGCGCGACGACGCACAUGCCCACCUCGUCCCCCUCCCGCUCUCGCCCCGAGCCGACUCGCACGGCCCCUCUUCGUCGCACGGCUCGUCGUCCCGCCCGUCUCGGCACCGCUCGAACCCGUCCACCUCGACCCUCUCGACCGAGGCGUCGUCGCGCGUCUCUCGGCGCACCAAACGUCGCGAGCACGCCGUCGCCACCGAGCCGGCGCAGGAGGAUGCGUACCUCUCGCCGCUGCACGAUCCCGUCGACGACGACGACGGCGCGCGCUACUACGAGGGCGAGGACGGGCAGCUGUACGCGUGCGGCUCGGAGCACGAGCAGGAGCAGGAGCACGGCGAUGUAUUGGAGGAGCAGGCGCAGGCGCCAGUGGAUUACGCGGCGGCGCUGUCGCCCGGGCUCGCGUCGUGGGACCACAUCGGCGUCCUGCCCGGCGUCAAGACGGCGUCGUUGGCGGCAGGUUCGGCGGCGCACGAUGACGAGGACGAGGAGGAGCGAGGAGAUGGGUGGUAGAGCGGCGGGCAAGCUAUCUCGAGCCUCUCGCACGUU